GUGUUAAGUGCGAAUUACUUUCAGUGCUUGAAGCAAGGGAGGACACCAAUGCACAGUUACUGUUCCUGUGCCUAUUUAUAGAUAAAUUUACGACCGGAUUUCACCAAUACAUUAUUAUUGUAUUGAGUUCUUUUAGGUGUAAAAUGACGACACAACGACACGUCCUUGGGUAAUGGGACACACGAGCCUGCUUAACAAUUAGGGUAUGUAGGCCAGUGGGUUUAACCUGUCUUGUAUUCGAUGAACACGAUCAGGAUGUGUAUUUGAUAAGCUGCAGUUACUGUGAACACAAGGAAGUCUGGAUCAGAUGUGUGUACAGUUGUUCAGUGUCACGGCGAGCGACGCCGCCAGGAGUUUAAGGAUCGAGUCCAGGUUCUCCAAUACAGAUGUCCAGUGGCCGCAGUCUAAAGUUCGUCUUAGUGGGAGAUUCGUCUGUCGGCAAGACAUCCAUCUCAUCCCAGUUUAACCACGGCUACUUCAGCAACACCUACGCUGCUACAUAUGGGGGUCAUUUUUUUGCCAAACAUCUGCCAGACCUGAAGGUCACAGUACAGCUCUGGGACACCGGGGGCGAGGAGAGGUACCGGGCUAUGCUGCCCCUCUACACCCGGGACGCCAUGUGUGCGAUUCUCGUCUACGACGUUUCCGACCGGAGAACUUUUGCUUCGGUAGUCGACUUCUGGACCGAUUAUGUGGAAUCGAAUACGUUAUCAUACACUGUCAAAGUUUUAGUGGGCAACAAGAUAGAUAAGACAAAGGAAGUCGAUGAAAAGGUUGCACGAGAUCACGCGAGAGACCACGGGAUGUUGUUUUACGAGACCUCGGCCAAACAGAAUCAAAACAUUGACACAUUGUUUCACGAGGCAGCCAAAGAAGUGGUACUGAAAAUACCGGACGAACAAGUCAAGAAAGAUGGCGUACGUUUAGAAAAGUUGGGAAGGAAGAAAAAGAAAUGGAGGUGUUGAUACAUGAUUGGAUGAUUCGAAAUGUUUGGGAAAAAAGCGAAAGUUUUAUCUUUUGACAAGCAUGUUUGGAUUCUUGACGCAAAAUAUCCGUUUCUAAACGUGUUAAACUCAUAUUGAAUAGGAAAGUUUAAAUCAGACCAAAACUAUUUUAACCCGAUCAAAACUGUUCAACUCGGGCGCUGUCCAAAUCAGAACAAAAUGUGUUAUUAUUAUUCUUUGUUCGUAAUAGUAAUAUUCAAGGGGAUUUCCUCCAUCAGUAUUACGUGUCAUCGUGUAAUGCGCCAUAUGUGGUCUAUUGACUCCGACUUAGCAUGCUUUUCUUUCUGGAUUUGCUUCCAUAGCCUUUGUCCAACCAAGAACAAACUACAAAGCAGCAGUUGUUUGAUUUUGGAGUUGUCUCUCCUAGAAGAGUGGCUGUCCCCAACUGAUGUGCUUCGUCAGCUAGGGGGUCCGAACUAAGGACUUUUGGAGUUAGCAAUCAUAAUCUAUCCUACCCGACCACGCCAUCCCCUUUGUUCAGCUAAGACCAAUAAUCCAGAACAACAUACCUAACGAAAACUGAUCUACGAACAAACCCAUGGGAAAGAUGCAAGCCACAACCUUCAAACGCUGAAUUAUUUUUAACCUGAAGAAUUAAUUAGCAACUAAGCAAUGAGAGAAUGUCCGUGAAUUUUUCAAACGUGAAUUUUUCAAACGGAUUUCAAUGCAAAACUAAAUAAAUAAACGGGACGUGAUGUUGUGGUGAAUAAGACGUCAACGUUGUAUGUAAAGGGACGUCAGUGUUGUAUGUAAAGGGACGUCAAUGUUGUAUGUAAAGGGACGUCAAUGUUGUAUGUAAAGGGACGUCAAUGUUGUAUGUAAAGGGACGUCAAUGUUGUAUGUAAAGGGACGUCAAUGUUGUAUGUAAAGGGACGUCAAUGUUGUAUGUAAAGGGACGUCAAUGUUGUAUGUUAAGGGACGUCAAUGUUGUAUGUAAAGGGACGUCAAUGUUGUAUGUUAAGGGACGUCAAUGUUGUAUGUAAAGGGACCAUGUAAUGUUUGGGUUUCAGAAACUCAAGCUUGUGAUUGUGCGAGGAGGGUGUCACAUAUUUUUCUCUAUGAACUCCUAUGAAGGUUGGCAACUAGAGUACGUCAAUGAACAAAUAAACACACACACACACACAUUUAUACUGGUAGCUUAUUGGAUGUCAGGUGGUGGGUAAGGUUAGCCACACCCCUGUUAAAGGGACUAAUUAGAUCUGAUUUGGGUAGUUACACAUCAAAGAUUUGUGUUUAACUUUUUGUUGUGAAGAUUUGUGUUAACUUUUUGGUGUGAAGAUUUGUGUUUAACUUUUUGGUGUGAAGAUUUGUGUUUAACUUUUUGUUGUGAAGAUUUGUGUUAACUUUUUGGUGUGAAGAUUUGUGUUUAACUUUUUGGUGUGAAGAUUUGUGUUUAACUUUUUGGUGUGAAGAUUUGUGUUAACUUUUUGGUGUGAAGAUUUGUGUUAACUUUUUGGUGUGAAGAUUUGUGUUAACUUUUUGGUGUGAAGAUUUGUGUUUAACUUUUUGGUGUGAAGAUUUGUGUUUAACUUUUUGGUGUGAAGAUUUGUGUUUAACUUUUUGGUGUGAAGAUUUGUGUUAACUUUUUGGUGUGAAGAUUUGUGUUAACUUUUUGGUGUGAAGAUUUGUGUUUAACAUUUUGGUGUGAAGAUUUGUGUUAACAUUUUGGUGUGAAGAUUUGUGUUAACUUUUUGGUGUGAAGAUUUGUGUUUAACUUUCUGGUGUGAAGAUUUGUGUUAAUUUAUUGGUGUCAAUAUUUGCGGUCAUUUAUUUUUGUAUUAUUGUUAAGUUUGACUUGUAGAUAUAUAAACUUUAUACAAUAAACUCGCAAUAUCUAUACAUCAAAUUCCUUAAAUUAUUUGCAAGUAUGUUAGUUUUAACACUGCUGUUGUAAAAAUAUGUACCAUAAAUAUGUGUAUCGUAUUGUUUUUUUUAUUUCUGCAUCCUUUCAUUUAAAAGUAAAAUGACUGAUUUAAAAGAUGUUUAGCUAAGUGAGAUAAAGUAUUUUAAAAUUGUUGUUCGA